UCCUUCUCGUCGGUUCAUCAUCAUCAUGACCCUUCGCAGCAGCUUCGUCCGGCUCCUCAAGCAGCAAUCCGGCUCCUCGGUGCAGGUCCCAAAGAGACCUGCGCACUCGGUGGCCCUCAUCGGAGCCCCUUUCUCCAGGGGGCAGAAAAGAAGAGGAGUGGAUCAUGGUCCUGCAGCCGUUAGAAAUGCGGGGCUGGUGGGAAAGCUGUCUGGCAUGGGUUGCCAGGUAUAUGAUCUUGGAGAUUUAGAUUUCACCCAGGUGCCCAACGAUGAGCUCUACAACAAUCUAGUCAAAUAUCCACGUUCGGUAGGAUCAGCUAGCCAAGUUCUGGCUGACACUGUGAAUGGAGCUGUGGCGGCUGGACACAGCUGUAUAACCAUUGGAGGUGAUCACAGUUUAGCACUUGGUUCGAUCAGUGGGCACUCAAGGCAGUAUCCAGACCUAUGCGUGAUCUGGGUUGAUGCACAUGCUGACAUUAACACUCCACUCACAACCCUGUCAGGAAACCUCCAUGGACAGCCAGUCUCGUUUCUUUUAAGAGAACUUCAGGAUAAGGUGCCACUGCUUCCUGGAUUUUCCUGGCUAAAGCCCUGCCUUUCACAAUCAGAUAUUGUAUAUAUCGGCCUUAGAGAUGUUGAUCCUGCUGAACACUAUAUUUUGAAGAAUUAUGGCAUCCGGUAUUUUUCAAUGAGAGAUGUUGAUCGUUUCGGAAUCCAGAAAGUGAUGGAAAGAACAUUUGACCAUCUUUUGGGCAGAGGACAAAGACCAAUCCAUCUGAGCUUUGACAUUGAUGCCUUUGACCCAGCUCUGGCUCCAGCAACAGGGACUCCUGUCUUGGGUGGGUUAACAUAUCGUGAAGGCAUGUACAUUUCAGAGGAAAUACACAACACGGGCCUGCUUUCAGCCAUGGACCUUGUAGAAGUAAAUCCACUACUUGGAGCUUCCCAGGAAGAAGUGAAUGCAACAGCUAAUCUUGCAGUAGAUGUGAUUGCUUCAUGCUUCGGGCAGACAAGAGAAGGAGCACACAUAGUUUUUGAUGAUCUACCAAAACCCAGUUCACCAGAUGAAUCUGACAGUGAAGAGCAAGUACGGAUGUAGGAACUACAAGUGUUGGCAGAUGCUUCACAAUGGGCAUUAUAUACAGUUCUGCUGAUUACUCAAAUGGAUAGGCUAAAAACUGACUGUACUGCACUCUGAAGUGUUCACCAGUUUUGGAGAGACUAGUUACUUUUCCAUUGUGUAACCAAAUAGCUGUGUUACAAGUUAGACGACACGUCAGCUUAGGUGAAUGUUUAUUACUUGACAAUUAUACAAAAACUUACCAUCCCUUCACUGCCCUCUAGCUUUCUUUACAGCCACACUUCCUACUGGCAGCGAUUCUCAGUUGAACAUGCUGUUAGACAGCACAUCAGUAGUGUCUUUCAAUUGUAUUAAAUAUAAACUGUUUCUUUCAAUCUUUGCCAAAGAGCUGUUUCUUGGCAAUGUCUGUGCAUAGUUCUAAAGGUGGGUGGAAGACAUGAAAACCGAGAGCUGUGUAUGCCUCAAAAAGGUUCACCUGAAGAACUUGUAGUAUACAAUGCCUCCCAGGAUGGCUAAUUCCAAAAUGAUGAUAACAGAGAGCAAUAAUUUGUUUGUCAUGAUCCUAGAAAGAAAGAUGAGAGAUUUGUUUAUUUGGGUGUUUCUGUUUGCCAUGCAAGCUGUUUUCACUAAGACGAGAUGGCAGCAUUGAGUUUCAUAUUUAGAAAGUGCAAGCCUUUGCAUAUUUACUCAGAAGUAGCUCCCAUUAUGUUUAAUGGGGCUUACUACCAGGUGAGUGUGUAUAGGAUUGCAGUCCAUGUUGAGAAAAGAAAAAAGGGAAGAGAAAACUUAACAGUUUACAAAAAUUGUAAUAGUUCCUGGAAUUCCUUAUAAAAAGCUAACUUAGGACAGCAAUAGAAAUUUAUUCAUUACAAUCUGACUUAACAUGGAAACACUCAGGAAAAUGUAGGUUAAAAUUUAAGGUAACACAACACCUUGAAAAGCUGGUGACAAUCCAGCCAAGUGACAAUUUCAAGUUAGGAAGAGCUUGAUUUUUACAAAGAACUACAGAAACAAAUAUUUGUAUCAAAAUAUAAGCUCACUUCAGGUAGCAUAGCAAACUAUGGUCCAUGGUAACUAAUUGAGAAUCCAAUCCAUGUUCCUAACAUGGUUGCCCUCAACUGAAAGUUCCUAGAUGCUAUCCCAACCUGUUCUUCCUUGCUGUGCUGUGGGGAAAGUGAUGCCACAUGCUGCCUUAUCACCUGGUGGCAACCCUAAGGCAUCCAAGGAUGUGGCCGCUCAGCGGCUUUUAGGCUGCUGCUGUGCAAUACAUUCUUUCCUCUUUCAGCAUUCUGCCAAAACGUGUCCCUCUCCCCCACUACUUUUUCUUUCCUUGAUUAAAUUUGCCCUGAAACGUGCAUAAAACAUCCUUUGAUUUUUGGCAAUGUUUUGCCACCACCACAAUCACCUCUUUCCCCACAAGCACAAACGAACUAUAUUCAGUUAUGUAGUUAGCAAAGUAACGGGUCAGAGAUUUUGAAGAAUACCCAGAACGUGCAUAACAGAGGAGAGAGAUGCGUGCUUCACACCUAAUUAUGGCUGUUAAUUGUGUUUGAAAGAUAGGAGAUAGUAGCAAGAAACUGAACACAACUGAAUAAUCAUAAACUGCUGGAAUAUUGUCUUUGAAUAGGUCCCCUUUGUACAGUCAGCUCAAUAAUUAAAAAGUGUUUACUGAG